AGGAGCGCGCGCGGGUGCUAAUUGGCCCGGGCGGCGGCCCCGCCCGCGAGUGGUGGGAGGUCACGUGACGCGACGGCUGGGGGCUCCCGGCGCGGGGGACGCUGGUGGCCAAGAUGGCGGCGGAGCUGGUGGAGGCCAAAAACAUGGUGAUGAGUUUUCGAGUCUCCGACCUUCAGAUGCUCCUGGGUUUCGUGGGCCGGAGUAAGAGCGGACUGAAGCACGAGCUUGUCACCAGAGCCCUCCAGCUGGUGCAGUUUGACUGUAGCCCAGAGCUGUUCAAGAAGAUCAAGGAGCUGUACGAGACCCGCUAUAAGAAGACCUCGGAGUCUGUGCCACAGCCGCACCGGCCCCUGGACCCCCUGACCAUGCACUCCACCUACGACCGGGCCGGCGCCGUGCCCAGGACUCCGCUGGCGGGCCCCAAUAUUGACUACCCUGUGCUCUACGGGAAGUACUUAAAUGGACUGGGACGGUUGCCCACCAAGACCCUCAAGCCAGAAGUCCGCCUGGUGAAGCUGCCCUUCUUUAAUAUGCUGGACGAGCUGCUGAAGCCCACUGAGUUAGUCCCACAGAACAACGAGAAGCUUCAGGAGAGCCCGUGCAUCUUCGCGUUGACACCAAGACAGGUGGAGCUGAUCCGGAACUCCAGAGAACUGCAGCCCGGAGUCAAAGCCGUGCAGGUCGUCCUUAGAAUCUGCUACUCAGACACCAGCUGCCCUCAGGAGGACCAGUACCCACCCAACAUCGCCGUGAAGGUCAACCACAGCUACUGCUCAGUCCCGGGUUACUACCCAUCCAAUAAGCCUGGGGUGGAGCCCAAGAGGCCAUGCCGCCCCAUCAACCUCACCCACCUCAUGUACCUGUCCUCGGCCACCAACCGCAUCACCGUCACCUGGGGGAACUAUGGCAAGAGCUACUCAGUGGCCCUGUACCUGGUACGGCAGCUGACCUCGUCAGAGCUGCUGCAGAGGCUGAAGACCAUUGGGGUGAAGCACCCAGAGCUGUGCAAGGCGCUGGUCAAGGAGAAGCUGCGCCUCGAUCCCGACAGCGAGAUUGCCACCACUGGGGUUCGGGUGUCCCUCAUCUGCCCGCUGGUGAAGAUGCGGCUCUCUGUGCCUUGCCGGGCAGAGACCUGCGCGCACCUGCAGUGCUUCGACGCCGUCUUCUACCUGCAGAUGAAUGAGAAGAAGCCCACCUGGAUGUGCCCGGUGUGCGACAAGCCAGCCCCCUACGACCAGCUCAUCAUCGAUGGCCUCCUCUCGAAGAUCCUGAGCGAGUGUGAGGACGCCGACGAGAUCGAAUACCUGGUGGACGGCUCAUGGUGCCCAAUCCGUGCCGAGAAGGAGCGCAGCUGCAGCCCACAGGGCACCAUCCUCGUGCUGGGCCCCUCAGAUGCCAGUGGGCUCCUGCCCACUCCCAGUGUCAACGGGAGUAGUGCACUGGGCAGCACGGGUGGCGGCGGCCCAGCGGGCAGUGUGGAGAAUGGGAAACCGGGCACAGACGUGGUGGACCUCACGCUGGACAGCUCAUCGUCCUCGGAGGAUGAGGAGGAAGAGGAGGAGGAGGACGAGGACGAGGACGACGAGGGCCCCCGGCCCAAGCGCCGCUGCCCCUUCCAGAAGGGCCUGGUGCCAGCCUGCUGACCCUGGCCGGACACGCGACUUUCCUGGUGCUCACCACGCAGAGGGGCGCGGGGCCGGCCUUGGGCGCAGAGGGAGGAGUGACCUUUUUUUUCUUUUUAUUGUCGUUCGUUUUGUUUUUCCACCCCGUUGCCUGGCUCCUGGCACCUGUACCUCUGGACUCUCCUGUCAGGGGAUUAAAAAACAGUAAAAUGACAAAAAAAAAAAAAUACAAAAAAAAUGAAACGAAAAAGUCAAACUCUUAAAAACAAGGCCGGCCACCCACACAGCCACCUCCCCGGCUGGAGUCAGAGCCGGGCAGGGGUGGUGGGCGGGAGGGACCAGGACGCCGCCCCGCAUCCUCCCCUCAGGACACCCUGCUGCCCGCUGCCCUCUUCCCAUGACCAUUUCAGCCAGGGCGCAGGGACCCGGGCGGCGGGGUGGGGCGCAGCCCCUCUCUGGCAGCCACUUUGUCGUGUGUCUCUUCCUUUGCUUUCUCUCUGCAAACGCGGCCUCACCCAGAGACCCUCACGCUCCUAGCAGCGAGCGUUUUAGCCAAGAAGCCAUGGAGUGGGUUGGGGCAGGGAGGGGCAGGAGUGGGAGGAGGGCGGGCAGGUUGAGGGCACGGUUGGGGGCUGGGGAGGGUUUAGCCACAGAUGUGUUGUAUUUUUUGAAAGUGCAAUAAUUUGGUAUUUUGAAGACCCGGCGUGUGGCCAGGAACCCCUGGGGAAGGUGGGGGUCAGGGUGCGGCACCGUGUGGCGUGGGGGGGUCUCAGUUUUCUAGCCAGCUACCUCGGUAAUUCCAAUUCAGGUUAACUUCCCUACGGAACAGCACAGAUGUCCACAGAUGUCCACAGCUGCCACCGCCGCCACCACCACACCCUGGUCCUCAGGACGGGGGGUGGUGGCUUCCCAAGGGGCAGUGGGGACUCCGGCCGCCCUGGCUCUCGGUUUGGGUUGAUUCCUCUCCCUUCUUUUUGCUCUUGGGUUUUCCGACGGGUACGAGGCUGGCCCGGCACCCUGUCCCCCGGGAGCCUCGCUCUUCCAGCGGGACCAGACCAGACGGGGCCUCCCUCCUGUCCCCAGGGGUUCCUUGCCCCUCAUAGGCCCCACCCAUGCCCUUGGCCUCAGGGUCCAACAAGGGGGGGCUUUGGGGGCUCUGCCUCCAGGAGCCUGUAGCUGGGCGACCCCUCGCCCCCCAGGAGACCGGGGCGCAGGCGGGGCGCCGGCCUCACCUGGUUCUCCAACACCGCUCCUUGCGGUCUGUUUUGCUUUUGUCUUCCCCGGCCCAGAAUCUUCCUUUGUAUAAACAGAACUCCUAGUCAGGAAGCAAUAUCAUUUCAGGUCUACAGAAAGGGACGUGCAUCUGGCCCAGGGCAGCUCAGUCUCUGCAGAGCCGGCAGCCCGGCCCCGGGCAGCUGAAGGCCACAGUUUUCUAGUAUUUGUAUUCUAAUUUAAUUGUUUUUAAAAAAUGGAAAUAAAAAAAGGUCGAGGUGAAGCCA